AAUACCGGAAAGUUCCUAGCAGACAUUCGAAAAGAAAAACCGAGCCCUUUGAAAGAGUUCAGUUGUAGCCGACAGUAUCAAUUGGACGAAGCACUUCAGACUGAACAAGAUGCCAUAUUCUACGUUUCCACUGCUGUGGGUCCUGGGGCUCCUCGCGCUAUCCUCCGCGUGCUACAUCCAGAACUGUCCGCGAGGCGGGAAGCGCUCUUUUCCUGAUCUUCCACGACAGUGCAUGUCGUGUGGCCCCGGGGACAGGGGCCGCUGCUUUGGCCCCAAUAUCUGCUGUGGGGAGGGAAUGGGCUGUUACAUGGGCUCCCCAGAGGCAGCUGGUUGUGUGGAGGAGAACUACCUGCCCUCCCCCUGCGAGGCUGGAGGAAGAGUGUGUGGCUCUGAGGGAAGCUGUGCUGCAUCCGGAGUCUGCUGUGACUCAGAGAGUUGUGCGCUAGACCCAGACUGCCUAGAGGACAGUAAACGUCAGUCACCCAGCGAACAGAACGCUGCCUUAAUGGGUGGUUUGGCAGGAGACCUGCUGCAGAUCCUACAUGCCACCAGCAGAGGGAGACCUCAGUAACCAACCACUGCCCAUCCCUCACCUGAACACACCCAGAAUAGAGCUUAAAUUCACCAUUUCACAUGCACUACUACAAAAACAAACCUCACACAGAUUCACAGACACACAGCAGAAGUAGAGAGCAGGCUUGCUACAUAAGGGGGAAAUUUAUCAGCUCUACAUGAAUGUUUACUGUGUGC